AUGAUUAGGGAGGCCUAUGAGAGGUCUGUUGGACGAAAACUGGUAACCAGAUACAAGAUGAGGUUGCUAAAGCAUGAGUAUGAUACCAUUAUGACUAAGCAUGGUAUCGAGUAUCGGCGAAGGGAGUCUGAGAGAAGAAGAAGAGCGGGAUGA